AUGUACACACAGGAAUCGUCGUGUUUUUCCAAAAGGCUCAUUUUCUUUGCUUAUUUGGAAAAGCAUGCCUCUGCGACGGUGAACGAGACAUCUUCUAUCCGGCGUCGGCAAUUGCGAGAUCGGUGUGCGGGUGCGGAGAUUGCGAAGAACGGAGGAAGCGAGUCCGAGACCUUCGGGCUUGAAGGAUCGAGCGGUCCGGUCGGCAGCCAGCAAGUGAGCGGGACCGACAGUGACUCCGAGCCCGGAGGAGUUAAAAAAGAAUAUAUGGACGGCUGUGCUGUCGAGGUAGCCGUCCCGUCUGGGAAGAGGAUAAAAUGCUUUUACUUGAUCUACAACCAUGGAAAAGACGAAGACGACCACCAUAGCUUUUCGUGUUUUGCUUUGAACAAGGGAACUGCAGACACGAGUGCUUUCAGCAUCUCACCGGCUCCCGGCAUGACAAAGCCCCUCCCGAUUUAUUUAAGUUCUGCAGCCGUCGCUUUAGGAUCCACAAUCUACAUCAUCGGUGGUUUAUGCCGUCCGGAUUUCUUCCCUGAAGGGUUCUUUGACGUCCUUCGAUCGGAGGACGGGUGGUGGGAGGCGGCCCCCAUGCACAUCCCCAGGCUCAGGCCAGCGGCUGCCGCCAUCGACGGGAAGAUUUACGUGUUGGGGGGUUCGGAUAUGUAUUCCCCUGAUGAUGGUGAAUGCUUUGACCCGAAAACCAACCGUUGGGAACUCUUACCAUCUGCGGGCUACGAUGCCGGUUUGCCCUACAUAGUCUGUCCGUACGUGAGUCGAGAUGUUGGAAAGAGCAUUCUCGUGCAUUCCGCCUGCGAUGGCGGGACCCUUCAUGCGUAUGUUUUAGCUACGCGCGAAUGGGAUCUUGUUAGUCGCGAUUUUUCCGAGUGCGACAUGCCGGCUGCAGUUGUUGGUGACUUCAUGUACACGCUGCUCAAUGGCCGUGAUAAAAAACGGAGGCCUUUGCACGGUUAUCAUUUGAUUCACAAGAAAUGGAUCCCUGUCGACAUUGAUCCCGAGAAAGAGUUUUGUACGGAAGAUGCAUGGUUGUUGCUUCUGCAUGGGGAUCUCUAUAUGUCCAGACCAUGCUCUCAGAUGAUAUGUACAAGUUCUUUGCUGUUACCUGUUCAUGUUUUUCUUGCUUCAGCUCUCUGUCCAGUCAUAAUGCAACUUCCCCUCCUUGUCAUUUUACAGGCAAGAGCCAAGAUAUAUGAUGAUUCGGCUCUCGACACCGUUCUCCAGUUUCGUUUUUCGGCAAGGCUCCGCGCCUCGCCUCCGACUCCUAUAAGCACCUCCUCUUCGCCUCGCCUCCGACACCACCUCCUUGCUUCGCGUCCACCUCGGCGACCCGCAUCCAACUCCACUUUUAGCUUUCAAAGUACGUUCAAGGGUAUUCAUGUAUACCAAGAACUUCGCGAGCUCUCCAAAACGAGAGAGGAAGAUGCUGAAACUUUGAAGACAUUACUUGAUGAGUCC